AGAUUGUUACAAGCUUCAUAGAAUAAUAUUCUGUUCCUUGUUGUUUCAUUCGGUUUGAAUCAAACAGCUAAGUACUACCUAGUAGUAGGUUUUUAUUGCGUAGCUCAGAAAAUGAGGCUUUUGUAAAGGCGUUUUUUGACGGCUUCCUGAGGACCCUCUUAUGCUGAAGACUUUCCUGCUGAGAACCACAGUCUCGGUGGGAUCUCUUAGAUCCUCUUCGUCUGAGAGAGGUGCCGUCUAAUGCAGCAUCUUUGCCUGAGGGCCAGGGUUCAUAUUCACCGAGUCACUUCGUCUUUACGUGCUCAAAACACACCGGGAACGGGCGUGAUAAGGAUUUUAGCUCGAGGUUCACUGUGCAGAAAAAGCUGCAGGCGCAAUCAAGAAAAGUAAAAACUUGAUUUUCUUCUUUGACCAACGACGACCACGCCAUGAUGAAGAGAGCCAAAGGAGCCUUUUUUCAGCAGAACCGCCAUUUCAGCGCCGCACUGGUUUCCUUGCCGAAAGGGUUGGGAAUUUCCAUCUCAGUUUUGGGUGUGCGGAGUCGCAAGUUUUUCGGACGUGAUGGCACAGAGGAGGGUCUACGCUUAUUUGAGCAGCUAAGAGAAAGGGGGAAAAAGCCUCAUGCCCUUUUCGGACUGGAAAAAUGGGAAGUCCAGAAAAUGAAUGUUGCGGCCAAUAGGAGGAUUUGUCGAUGUCGAUAUAUCGAAUGGUCGUGAUCCCGACAAAAAUCUCCUCUUCAUCUUGACUCGAUGCCCAUCAAAAAUUUGCGAGUCUUUAUAACUUCUCUGUAGUUGUACUUGUCCUCCGAAGUCCCCAUAUGAGCCACGACUGGCAAGCACUCUUGUCAAGAAGAUUUUUUGACUAAACUCCUUAUAUCACGUUGUUUUUAGCGCUCUAACUUUCACGAAAGCAAGAACGGGGAAAUACGACAUCGUCGGACAGUGCAACAUUUGCGCGAAUUCGCAAAUGGGGGCCACAGUUACGAAGAAGUCUACAUUCUCUUCUGCAAGUCGAAUACAAAAAGUCUGCUUCGUGAAAGAUGGAUGACUAAAAAGAGAGAAAUCUACAACAACAACACUAAAAGCUAGUAAAAAUUGUGCAACUUUGUUCCUUAUGAUUGGCUGUUAGUAGAGUAAUCAGUUCCAAACCCAUACUUUUCUUGACAAAUUAUAAUCCAAACUACGAAGACCUAUUAUUUGUAUUUGUACAACUACAACCCUCUUCUUUCAUAGUCAGAAGCCGGAGUUCAUACCCCUGUACCAGGUCGCUCUGCUGGAGAAGUAUCCGUGCUCCCCUAUUGACUUCGAGGAGAGCAUGUUUUACGACUCAAUGUCACGCGCAAGUUUUCAGUACCCAAUCGAAGCGCUCUACUGGUUCUUUUAUGAAAGACUAAUUGUAUGCGCAAAGAGACGAAAUGAAUUUCUAAUCGUGGAAGGUUACUUGGAUUAUGUUUUUCGGAGAUACAUAGUUAGAAGUAGAACACGCUGACAGCACAGCACUUCUUUGGUCGGAGACCUCCAGGGAGAGGGUACAUAUUUUUAGGAUCUACGGCGUAUUUGUAUUAACGCAGUAGGUAGACUAGCGUUAUGGACUAAAUGACACUUGAAGGUGGAACGGACCUCCCCAGUCUCCAACCUGAUGGUAUUGCACUUUUUUCACGCUUGCUUUUUACAACAUGAGAUUAUUUAAUAUCCAACGUGUUUUUCAUUGUCGUGGAGCACAAACUUCUUUCGCAAAAACGACGACUAUCGAGCGUUGAUGAAGCGGAGAGUUCCAGGGCUCGCGACGGUCUAUUUCGAGGAAAGAGCGCACUACAUGGCUGCAAGACUAUACCUCUACGCCUGUGAGGAAGCAAACGGUAUUUCAUUUAACACUUUAUUUUUUUAGCACUUGGUUACUUACAGAUCUUCUAGAUUCAACAAGUACUAACAGAAGUAGUCUCUCUCGCGUAAGUAGAGUAAAUGUAACUAAAACUCGAAAGAAUUAUAGCGGAUCUAUAAAAUAUCGAUGUUCAUCAUUUCAUCUGUCUCCACUCAGAUGGCACUGUUGCUUAUGAGCUCGCCGGUGGGGCUUCGCAUUUCAAUGAGACGUUUCUGUGGAUUGAUGGGUCGUUUUUCAUGCGGAAGGACCCGUAUUUUGGAUACAGGCUUUUGCGCGUAUCGGCAAGAAUUAAGGCUCACGCUAAUUCAUCUUCUGAAGCAUUAUGUUGAAGCCCUCCGAUAUCCAAGGGGACAGCAGCCUCGAAAUGAAUCUCAAUGUGGAUUCGGGUGAGCUCUAAAGAAGACACAGACGCCAUGCUCACUUCUCCGGAACGCAUUCGACAGUGGGUGGAUGUUCACAGCACGGAUGGAGCAGUAAUCGGCGUCCCUGAGGACGUCACUUGCGUCUUGCGGAAAGAGGAGGAUCCACCAGACUGGCUCUAUUGGGACGCGCGAGGGGGAAUUGCGGGAGCCAAGAGAGCGCGAAAAAGGAAAGAAGCGGCAGCACGCGCAAAAAGAAUGGCAACAGAAAGGGACGCAGCAGCUGAAGUGGCACCAGGAGAAAGGGAACAUCAAACAAGUGUUUCAACAACAGGAGUAUUGCAAAGACAAGACGUCACCGCAUCAACGACUUGCAGCAGCAGUGCUGGGGGCCAAAAUCGGUACACGGAUGAUGUUGCAGAUAGCACCUCUGCACAUAGAAGCACCUCGUCGUCCAUUUCGGGGGACACAAGAGACCUUGAUCGAGCAGACAAGACAGCGAGCUGCCAGACUGGCGACACAGCGCGAGAGCCGGUCGACACGACGUGCAGUGCGAGUCGAGAAACCGAGAGUUGUGCGAGUGAUGAAGCUGCGGCUACGACAGAGGAAGCGAAUACAAAGACUCUGUCUACAACAACGCUCGCAAAUGCUAAGAUAAAGAGCAAUGCGGCGCACCACGUCGUCUUCACAGUGGAGGAAAUGUUUCAGCCUUUGGUAAUCGAGCAUCUAGAGAAAAUCGAUUCUGUCAGUACGGCUUACAACAUAUUAGACUUCUACGAGGACCGUGCCUACGGUCAGGCGCCAUGCUUGCACUUCUGGUGGUACCUUUUCGUCUGGUUAUACAUCAUCCUGCCUAUCCAGCUGGCCUGUCUCUGGAUGUUUAGAGGCGGGUUUCGUAUAUGGAAUGACUUUCUAUCUUACAAACUCAUCGACGGCUUCGCCCGAACCUGAUGAACUUAUUAGUGAAGAUUGGGGUUUACAAAUCUUGUUCUUGAUCAUGUCUUGUUGAUUUUGAAGAAAGAAACCACUUACUUACGCGGAAC